AGCAAAGCACGAUUUCCAUGCAUGCCAGCAUCUGCAGUGAGAGGCUGGAUCCCGGACUUCUCUCCUAUGUGCUGUUAACCGUCAUGAGGACAUCGUGCAGGGCAGCAGAAUUACUCGCAAAGUUACUGACAGAGGAUGAAUCACAGGCACCCGAGUGUGAUAUGGACAGCAGCAACUUAUCAGUGCUUUUGGUAGUCACUUUUGGGCUAGGGAAACAAGCACUGAUUGGUGGGAUCGCAUUGUCAUGCAGGUAUGGGAUGACAACCAGCGGAUACAGAACUUUAGGAUGCGUAAAACAAUCUUCAUGGAGCUAUGUGCUGAGCUGGCCCCCGACCUGCGGCACAAGGACACCAGAAUGAGAGCUGCCCUUUCGGUGGAGAAGCGUGUUGCAAUCACUGUGUGGAAUCUGGUGAAUCCAGACCGCUACCGGUCAGUUGCAAAUCAAUUUGGAAUAGGAAAGUCCACUGUUGGGGCUAUAUUACUCCAAGUGUGCAGGGCAAUAAAUCACCUCCUGCUACAGAGGACCGUGACUCUGGGAAACAUGCAUGAAAUAGUGGAUGGUUUUGCAGAGAUCGGUCUCCCUAACUUUGGUGGGGCGAUUGAUGGCACACACAAUCCAAUUUUAGCGCCAGACCACCUUGCCUCAGAGUACAUCAAUAGGAAGGGAUACUUCUCCAUGGUGUUGCAGGCGCUUGUGGAUCAGCAGGGGCGUAUCACGGACAUCAAUGCAGGCUGGUCUGGAAAGGUACAUGACCCAUGCAUCUUCAGGAACAGUGGCCUGUACAAAAAGCUGCAGGCGGGGACUUUCUUUCCAGACUACAAGAUCACAGUGGGGGAUGUAGAAAUGCCCAUAGUAAUCCUGGGAGACUUGGCUUACCCCUUACAGCCCAGGCUCAUGAAACCUUACACAGGGCACCUGGACAGCAGCAAGGAGCGUUUUAACAACAGGCUGAGCAGAUGCUGCAUGGUAGUCGAAUGUGCCUUUGGCAAUUUGAAAGCUCGCUGGAGGUGUCUCAAUGGCAGGCUAGACCCUACUGAAGAUAAUAUUCCUGUGGUCACAGCCGUGUGCUGCACUUUGCAUAAUCUGUAUGAAUCUAAGAGUGAAAUGUUUCUCAGGUGUGGAGCACUGAGGCAGAGCGCUUGGCUGCACAGUUUGAACAGCCAGAUACUAGAGCUGUCAGAGGAGCCCAGAGGGCUGCUAUUAACAUCAGAGAGGCCUUGAGGAACCACUUUGACAAUGAGGGGCACUGAUACAUGUCUGCUUUGGAGUUGCUUCCCUGGUGCAUCCAUGUACAAUUUUGAGCCCAAGAUCCAUGCAACACAAUGCUUUAGAAGCCUGUUCCCGAGAGUGAAUUGAUUGCUAUUCGCUUUUGUAGAGAACAGAA